ACUUGCACCGCUGGUUUUCGAUCAUGGCAACCUGGAAAGGAGGACCUAAGCCCCCACCGAGAGUGGUGGCGCCAAACAAGCUCUGGCACGCGUUCAAGCACAAGAAUUUGGACGUGUUCAAGUUCGAUCUAGAUGCCGACGAGGAUCAGAACUACGUUUCUGCAUCCGAAAGAUUUCUGGAAUUCCAGACACAGCUCGGCAUGGUGCUGCAUCACACACAACUGUUCCGGAAAACACUGGAGGAAUCCCUGCAGCACGCGGUGGAGCUUGCGGAUGAUUUCGGAAGGGUCGCGGCCGGGAACGGAGGAGGGCGCACGAUGGAACCGUGGGCGCACAAGGCCGGGGGCCAGGCGUUCUUCCUGAAGGCGAUGCUGGAGGAAAGCGCAGUCUCCCUUCGACAGCACUUGUGUGACGAGCUGGAGGAGAAGGUGGUGCGGUCCCUACGAGAAGAGGUGGCCAACUUCAGCACGGUGCACACACAGAUGCUGGAACGGUCGAACAUGAAGAUGGAGAUGCUCCACUACUCCAACAAGGUGCAGGAGCUGAAGGGCAGCCAGAAGGCCACCGACGAAAAGAAGGACCGUAACAAGGAGAAGUACGCGCAGGCGUCGCAGGCCCUGAGGGACCAGACCAACCAGCUCAUGUCCAUCUUCGCUCACGCCGAGCAACUGCGGCAGCGGCUCCUGACCCAGGAUUUCCCCUCGAUGAUUACGGCGGAGAAGAACGCCUUCGACGCCUUUGCGAUCAACCUGAACAAGGCGGCGGCGGAGACGUCGGACGGGGAGCCGCGACCCCCUCGGAUGUCGGACGCAGCUCGGGCCCCCCAAAGGGUGAUGCCACCGAGUGACUUCCCCACGUCUCCGAACACCAACGCCAUGGCGGAGGUCUCGCUGGAAGACACGAUGUCGCCGAGGGGGGGUACGGCGCCUCCGGCCUACACUUCGCCGUUCCCGGUUAAGGUCGAGCCUCCUCCGCCGGCGGCGGGGGAGGACGGCGGAGCCCCCUGGUCAGGCAGCAACGACGGGGGCGAGUUCGGCGAGGAGCUCAAGCGCGCCCACGAGCACCAGAACAGUAAGAUGGCGGCGGAGUCGGCGGCGGCCGCGGGAGCGGCGGCGGCCGCGGCGGCAGUGGGGGAGGCGUUGGCGGGGACGGGGGCAGCGGGUGCGGACACUCCGGCGAUGACGAACUCGUCGACCUCCGGCGCCGCCGGCGCCGCCGGCGCCGAUGCCGCGGACGAUGCCGAGAACCGCGACCCGUCGGAGGCGGCGACAUUAGCGCCGCCGCCGGCAGCAGCGGUGGAGAAGGACGCGACCGCGCCGACGGAGUCUCCGAAACCUCCCGCUGAAGACGAGGCGACUGUGGCGGGUUCAGGGCCAAAAACGGAGAGCCCUGACGAUGAGGUAGAGGCGUUGACGGCGUCGGUACCGGCGACGGCGACGGCGCCGGAGGCGUCGGCACCGGGGGAGGAGCAAGCGGAGGAGGUACUAGGGGUAGAGGGUGGGGACGGGGCGGAGGCAGAGGUGGCGGAGAUGGCCGAGCUUGAGCCCGGGAAGGUGCGGGUGCGCGCUCUGUACGACUACGAGGCCACGCAGGAAGGAGACCUGAGCUUCGGGGUGGGGGACAUGAUCAUCACAGACGGGGGAGCGUUUUCGGGAGACGGGUGGGUGUCGGGGACGUGCCACGGGAAUACCGGGAUAUUCCCGGCGAACUACACGGAACCCUGGUAACCUGACGGGUGGUGACGGGCAGGAGGGACGCGCGUUGGCGGCGUAACGAUAUGAAGGCGGCGUCGUUUGCGUCUUUGUGUUGCCUUCGACGCACCUGGUCUUUUUACUGUUUUGUUUUGUUUUAUUGUGGCUUUUUGCACGCGAGGGGGGGUGUUUUUGUCCGUAUUUCGAGGGUCCGGACAACCGAGAAUGGGGGAGAGGAUGAGGAUAGGUCUGCCCCUGUUGUAUUGUUGCAUCUUUCACGUAGCGUAGAAUCAUUCACGUCCUGGGGUCCCGGACGAAGACACCGCUGUUCAGCAAGACGCAACCUACAGAGAGGAGGAUGGCUUGGCGCCCCAUACCUACAGCGUAGUCGUCUUGUCGCAUGUGCCUGGCGGUCUUCCCACCACCCCACCCCCCGCUCGACAACCCGAUGCACGUACAUGUGGAGCACGCGCCAGUAUGGUCAGGUAGGUUCAAUUCAUUGUUGUUAACGUGCGCAUGACACCGUGGGGGUGUUUCCAUGUAUUUUUGAUGUUUCUGUGAGUCGCAUUUGCUUGCCCCCGUGCUCCUUUUUUUCGUGUAAUUACCAUAUGGCCUUUGGCUUGGUGGCAAGCAGGCAGGCUAGCAAGGGUGUUGCAGUUUUUUUUUUUCGCGUUCGUGUUUGUCGGACGGUGUGUGAUUGAUGGUCACGGUUUGCUUCGCUUUUUUGGAACGAACGGCUGCGGAGAUGAGUACAUUCACCCAUUCGUCCAUCACUCACUGCUGUUGGCACCACAAUC